AUGGCACCUAAGAAGGAGAAGAAGAUAGCUGAGGACAAGCUUAUUCUCAAACGGGUUUUGGCAUCUCGAGAUGUGGUGGAAAGGUUUGUCAGGGAAUACGACCAUGAGCGGGAUGUUGGAGAAAUCGCCGUGCGGCUGGAAACGCUGAACAGAACAAACAAGGAGUUUCUGCACGUGCAGUCCGAGUUGGAGAAGCUAGAUGAAGAGGAGAAUUUCGAUCAUCAUAUGGCGGUGCGGAAUGAUUUUGAGAACCGUUUUUGCAAGUUGAAAGGUUUCUUGCUGACGAAGCGAGAUCGGGAUCAUCCUCUCAUGCAUUCGACAAGGAUGUCAACAUCGGCACAGCUGCAUAAUACUACUACCUUUCAUCAUCGCUUGCCGAAGAUCGACUUGCCAAAGUUUUGUGGAGACGAAUCGCGAUGGAUAUCGUUCCGAGACAAUUUUCUAUCCAUGAUCCACGGAAACGAUGACAUCCCAACGGUGAAUAAGUUGCAAUAUCUGUUGCAGUCCUUGGAAGGAGAUGCCAGGAAGCCCUUUGAGUGUGUCGACAUACAAGCGGACAACUACGCGUCAACCUGGGACGCCCUCAUGAAGAGGUACGAUAACAAGCGGUUUUUGCGGAAGGAGUUAUUUAGACGGAUAUUCGAAUUGGCACCGAUGAAGCGGGAAUCAGCACACGAGCUGAAUACGUUAGUCGACGAUUUCCAUCGGCACGUCAAGCUCGACUCCUGUACGUUGCGUGCCUGGGAGCAAGAAACUCGAAAGCAGGAAGAAGUCAAGUAUGACGAGCUGAUUGAGUUCCUCACGAAUCAAGUCCGUAUGUUGAAGUCAGUCUCCAGCGAUCUACAGAACCGUUCCCAAGGGUCCCACAUCAAGGUGGCCGGCCCAGUUCCGAAGAAAUCCACUACAGUCAGGUCCGUUGUCAACAAUGCCACCAACGAAGUCAAGCCAAACGUUUCACAAUGUCACGCUUGUUCGCAGAAGCACUUACUAGUUCAGUGUCCGACGUUUGCCAACCUAAACAUCGGACAACGUCGUGAACUAAUAACCAAGCGAAGUUUAUGUUGGAAUUGCUUCCGUCCAAACCAUCAAGCCAAGGCUUGUAAAUCGAAGUUUUCGUGUAGAACGUGUCACGCCAAACACCACACGUUACUGCACGACCAAGUAAAUCUCCCCGUCCAAUCAAGUAGAAGCACGGUCCUAUUAGAAACGGUUGUACUAUCCAUCGUCGACAAGCACGGCAAGGAAAUCGCUAUCCGAGCUCUUCUCGAUUCCGCUGCGAUGUCUAAUUUCAUCACCAAGAAGUUGGCAAAUGCUCUUGCCACCAGUCAACCCGUCGUUGAUGUUGCAGUUGCAGGAAUUGGAGAAUCUACGUAG